GGAAGGAGGGCGCGCUGGGUCCGGUGGACCGGUUUUGCUGGGCUCUUUCGAAACCCUGCAGGCGGGUGACCCUCGGGCACAGGGGAGGAUGCGGAGGCUGAAGACUAGCAGCGUUUAAAUUUGACCCUUUAAAUAUUGGUCUCGGCGUGAAGAGGCUGGGCAUUACCUGUUGAGACAAGUUAUCCCAGGAUAAUAAGGGCUGCGAGUGGGUCUCUUUCCUCCGUGGUCUGGAGGAGCCUCCCCGGGGACGGUCCUGGGAGAACAGCUAAAUGGUGGGGAAGCUGAACUGGUUUCCAGGAAGGAAUUUCUUCACAUGGCUUCCGAAGAAGUGACCAUCACUGUUCGCCUCAUUCGUUCAUUUGAGCAUCGCAAUUUCAAACCCAUAGUAUAUCAUGGAGUUAAGUUGGACCAAACUGUGAAGGAAUUUAUAUUAUUUCUAAAGCAAGAUAUACCUGUAAGGACCAACCUGCCACCACCAUUCAGAAAUUAUAAAUAUGAUAAACUAAAGAUUAUUCAUCAAGCACAUAAAUCAAAGACAAAUGAACUUGUGAUGAGUUUAGAGGAUGAUGACAGGCUCCUGUUAAAAGAAGAGAACACCCUCAAAGCCGCUGGAAUUGCUCUGGGAUGGCAGAGGCCACCUUGGUCCAGGUCUGUAAGUGGAGCAACCAGCUUUCUGCCUGGCAUGUUUUGGAGGAUCCAGGCACAUUUCUGAAGGAAGGGACAUAGAGCUGGAGUCUAAAGCUUUGAAACUUACUCCAUGUAUCCUCUGGACAUAGGAAGCCUUGAAAACACAGUGUUCAUUUCAAGAUGCUCUCUACCUACAGCAAGGCAUGUUCUUAGUCUCACCUUGAGUUUUGAUAGUAACUUUUAAUGGGUUCUCUGCUUUUUCCUUCAUGGAGCGGACAUUUAUCACAGCUGUCUGUCUGCCUGUCUGCUGGUCUCUUUAAGUUCCGCUAGGUCCUGCUAAUUUGCUGUGGGCAAGGAAUACAGAAAACAUACCACCAAGAAAGUGAAAGACAACGUACAGAAUGGGAGAAAAAUUUUUUGUAUCUUAUAGCUGAUGUGGGAUUUGCUGUUAAAUGUAUAAAGAACUUUUAAAACUCAAUCUUUUAAAUACAAGACCAUAUAAAAGUGGGAAAAGGAUCUUAAAAAGACAUUUCUUUAAAGAUGUUCAAUGGGUGCACAAAAAGACAUUCAAUUAUCGUUCAGUACUCAGGAAAUAGCACUUCACACCAACUGGAAUGACUUAAUCAAAAAAGGCAGAUAAUAACUGGUAAGGAUAACAUGGAACCCUCACAUGCUGCUGGUGAGAAGAUAGAACAAUAUGGUUACUAUAAGAGUCUCUGGUAACUACUCAACAGUUUAAAUAUAGAGUAAUAUAAUCUAGCAACUCUUCUCCUAAGUACACAUGCAAGAGAAAACAUACACAAACAAAAAUGUAGUCAUAAUAUCCAAAAUGUGGUAAACACACCAAAUGCCCAUCAACUAAUGAAUGAUUUUAAAAAAUGUAAUAUAUAUUCAUGCAAUGGAAUAUUAUUCAGCCACAAAAAAGAAACGAAAUGCUACACAUAGAUUGACCUUAAAACAAUAAAGAGUAGCAGAGGUCCACAGGCAUGAUUUAAUUUAUAUGAAAUGCUGAAACUAGGCAAAUUUAUAGAGGCAGAAAGUAGAUUAGUGAUUGCCAGGGUGUGGGGAGGUGUUGGAUAAAAUGGUGACGGACUACUUACUGGUGUAGGGUUUCUUUCUGGAGUGAUGAAAUGUCCUAAAAUUGAUUGUGCAGAUGGUUGUGCUCUAACUAUA